UACUUCAUUAGGUUAUGGCAACACAGCCCGCCCACUACAAGAAGUCCUCUGCAUCUCGCUAUGAUGCUGAAUCCCACAGCCACACACCUGCUGGAGAGCCAAGAUGGAGUGCUGGGCAGCAGCUCCAUACCUAGUAGUUCCAAGUGCCCCUAAAAAGACCAAUAGACAUAUUCUCCCCUUCUCCUGAAAAGAAAUAACCCCCUCACACAAUGUGAGCGUCUACGAAGUUGUAUUUGCUAGUAUCUUGUCUGAUGAACUGGAAAAUGGUACAGUCGUGUUUCACUCCUUGCCCCGACAAAGAAGUAAUUACAAGUGAUGCCAGGGAUUCUACUCGUCUAUUCAUGAGCCACUCUAUAGAUUUACUUUGCCCUGCAUGUGGUUAUCCUCGGAGGCCUCAAGCAACACCAGCACCUACCAACGGCGGGAAAUUAGACAAAGGCAAUCUGCGUCUGCAAGAGGGUUGGGCGUUUCUUUGUACAACCCCGGCUGCGUGUGGUUGGCACCUUUGCGCGGACUCCGUGCAUCUGAGAGACGACGUUUUGUCUCUCCACAACAUCCAAAACAGCGAAUUAUAUCAGAUAAUCAACUGUUAUUACGCAAUACUACGAUCCUUUUGUUCUUGUUCUAGCAAAGCCUCUACUACGAUUAUCUUUUGGUGCAUAACCCAAAGCCAAGAGCCAUCGCCGCCUCGGCAAGACUCCGAUAUGCCCGACCUAGGGCUACAGCAACAUUCCGAGACCGUUUGACGUCGAGCUUCUGGUUGGUCGGCGACAAAGGGACCAGGGGGCUUGGCUGGGCUGGGC